GUGGCAGGCGUGGAGAGGGCGUCACCAAUCUUUGGACCAAAUGGAAUGUCGAGGACGACUCACCUGGGAUCCAAGGAAUACACGCUAUCUGGGCUAUAGAUCAAGGAAGAUGAAGGAAUUUCUGCUGAAAAGCGCAAUUUCAUAGUUGUGCAAAAAGACAGCUGUUUUACUGCUCAACCAUGUACACGUCGGAGCGCAGGCGAAUGAGCCUGCGAUCAACGCACGAGAUCAAAAGGAAAGAUUCUCUCAGAGUUUCGGCUGGAAGUCUGUGGCAGGACCCGUUGGCAAUCGAACUCAGCAACUCGGGGAAAAACAAUGUAACUUCGCCUCGGAGUCGGACGAGGGCACUGGCGGUGGUUUACAUAGUGGUUGAACAUGCGUCGGUGCCCCAGUCAGAAGAGAAUUUGUCUCUCAAAUGUCUCCAAGAGGCUUGCGCGGACACACGUGCCGUGUUAAAAACUAUUCCUUUCGAGAGAAUUGCUCUGGGGACCACUGACGUUCUUGACAACUUCUACAACGCAGAUGUUGCGGUUGUGGAGAUGAGCGAUUCGUUUUGCCAACCCUCCCUCUUUUAUCACCUGGGCGUACGGGAGAGUUUUAAUAUGACAAACAACAUCAUUCUGUAUUGCAAUAAGCAGGAAGACGACCUGCAAGCCCUCAAGGAGCAGUGUGGGAGCUACACGUUCAUCCCGUACAUGGUGUCCCCCCAAGGGAAGGUGUUUGCCAGCGACGCCUCCACCAUCAAGGGCAUCCAGGAGCUGAUGCAGCCCAGCUUCCAGCUGGAGCCCCUGCUCACGCCACUGGUGGACAGGCUGGUGCACACCUUCGACAACGUCCACAUUCACUCCAGUGAGUACUUCCGGGAGUCUAUCCGCCGGGACAUCCGUCUGGCUCGGGAGCGCUUCACUGGGCCGGCUCUGAGCCAGGAGCUGGGCCGUAUCCAGAAGGGCCUGGACACCGUGGAGCUGCUCAGCCCAGACAUUGUCGUCAACCUGCUGCUCUCCUACCGGGACAUACAGGACUACGAUGCCAUAAUCAAACUGGUCGAGACCCUGAAUAUCCUGCCGACGUCUCGCGUGGCAGCCCAACAGAAUAUCCAGUUUCACUACAUAUUCGCACUCAACCGGAGGAACCACCCCGGUGACCGCGACAAGGCCCUGUCGGUCAUCCUGCCCAUCGUGCAGUCGGGGGGCCGCGUGGCCUCGGACGUGUACUGCCUGUGUGGCCGCAUCUACAAGGACACCUUCAUGAGCUCUGGCUUCAGCAACACACACAGCCGGGACCAGGCCUGCUUGUGGUAUGGGCGGGCGUUUGAGGCAGAGCCAACUCUCCAUUCGGGCAUCAACUGUGUGGUGCUGCUGCUGGCUGCAGGACACGACUACGACACCUCGCCCGAGCUGCGCAAAAUUGGUGUAACACUAAGCACUUUACUGGGGAGGAAGGGUAGUCUGGAGAAGAUGCAGAACUACUGGGAUGUGGGCUUCUACCUGGGGGCCAGCAUCCUCACCAACGAACACAAGAAGGUCAUCGAGGCCUCUGAGAAGCUGUAUCGCCUCAAGGCGCCCAUGUGGUUUGUGGCGUCUAUCAUGGAGACGUUCAUCAUGUACAAGCAGUUUGCCAAGCCGCCGGAGCUGCGGCACCCCAAGCAGGACACCGUGGACUUCUGGAUGGAGUUGAUGGUGCAGGCCUGCAAGCCCACUGUCUCCACUGCACGCUGCCCUGUGCUGAUUCUGGAGCCCAGUAAAGUGUUCCAGCCCACCAUCGUCAGCGUGAGCGAGGAGGACUCCAGUCGCACCGUGCAGAUACACCACGUCACACCCCUCACGAAAGGACUCCACAAGUGGACUUUCCCAGCUGCUGCAAUCAGGGGAGUGAGUGUUUCCAAGUUCGAUGAGAGGAGCUGCUUUCUCUAUGUCCUCUACAACUCCGACGACUUCCAGUUGUGCUUUCCCAGUGAAGCGCACUGCAAAGGGUUCUGUGAGCUGGUGAAUUCUCUGCUGCUGCAGGCUGAGGCCCCUGUGGAAGAGCCAGGACCACUAAGCGGAGGAGUUCUCGAGUACAUUUACGAGACGAGUGAAGAUGGGGAUAAGGUGGUGCUGGGCAAAGGGACGUACGGGGUUGUCUACGCCGGCAGGGACCUGAGCAACCAGGUGCGCAUCGCCAUCAAGGAGAUCCCGGAGAAGGACAGCACCUACUCCCAGCCCCUGCAUGAGGAGAUUGCCCUCCAUAAGCGGCUGAAGCACAGGAACAUCGUGCAGUACCUCGGCUCUGUCAGUGAGGAUGGCUUCAUCAAGAUCUUCAUGGAGGAGGUGCCUGGAGGAAGUUUGUCCUCCCUCCUGCGGGCAAAAUGGGGGCCACUGAAGGACAACGAGGCCACCGUAGUCUUCUACACCAAGCAGAUCCUGGAGGGACUCAAGUACCUCCACGACAACCAGAUAGUGCACAGAGACAUCAAGGGUGAUAAUGUCCUGAUAAACACCUACAGCGGUGUCCUCAAGAUCUCUGAUUUUGGGACUUCCAAGCGCCUCGCCGGAAUUAACCCCUGCACCGAAACAUUCACAGGAACUCUACAGUAUAUGGCUCCAGAGAUCAUAGACCAGGGCCCUCGCGGCUACGGCAAGCCGGCGGACAUCUGGUCUCUGGGCUGCACCAUCAUCGAGAUGGCCACAGGAAAGACCCCCUUCCAUGAGCUGGGGAGCCCACAGGCUGCCAUGUUCAAGGUGGGCAUGUUCAAGAUUCACCCGAAGGUACCAGAGUGCAUGUCUGAGGAGGCUAAGGACUUCAUCAUGAGCUGCUUCGAGCCGGACCCGGAUAACAGGGCGACGGCCUCUGAGCUGCUCAAGGACGUCUUCCUCAAGGCCAGCACGCGCAAGAGGACCGCCAAGCCAGAGCUCGUCCAGAGGGACACCACAGGCGACUACCAGCGCAGCAUGUCGGUGCCCGUCUCCAUCCAUGUGGAGGACGUGGACAGCGACUCGGUGGAUCUGUCCUGUUCCCUGGACCUUCGCCGCACCGUGCCUGCACUCAUGGUGAAUGACAUCGCCGAGAGUCCACCGAAUGGCAGCGGCUUCCUCCCUAUUCCGGAGGGUUCCACGGAGGGUAUGAGCAGCCCGGUGAGGUCUGAGGAGAACAUGGGUCUGUUCCUGCUGAGGAAGGACAGCGAGAGGAGAGCCACCUUACACAGAGUCCUCACACAGUACAUCACCAGCGUGGUCCGCAACAUACAGGACUCACUGCCACAGACUGACGGCCCCUCCUUCAGUGCGGAGCACAUCUCGGAGCUGAUUGGCUGUCUGAGGGAGAACAUCCGGUCACCUGACAGGAAGCACCUGACCAACAGCCUUCUGAAGCUGCGCGGCACACUGCUGGACGCUGCAGUACCGCUCAAUAGCCUGCAGGCGGUGCUCUUCAGCUUCCAGGACGCUGUGAAGAAGGUCCUGAGGCGUCAGCAGAUAAAGCCCCACUGGAUGUUUGCUCUGGACAACCUGCUGAGACACGCUGUGCAGGACGCCAUCACAGUGCUGCUACCUGAGCUAAAGCUGCAGCUGCAGUCCUCCUUUGAGGUGGACGAUCCCUCCGGAUCUCCGGACGUGGAGCCCCAGACCCCCACUAACCCGGUCGCCCCAGCCCAGCCAGAUGUGCCUGAGCCUGGGCUCCCAGCACAGGAAGAGGAGGGGGUUGGGGUGGGCGUGGAGGAGCAGCAGCAGCAGCAGCAUGAGCGCCCCCGUGUGGUGGAGCUGGGGGAGAGCACAGCCAGCUCGUCCCUCCUCCUGGAGCUGCAGUCCAACAGCUCGCCGCUGGCCAGAGAGUUCAUCCAGCUCCGGCUGGAGACACGCAGGCUGCUGAGCCAGUUGAAUGAGAAGGAGAGGGAGUACCAGGAGCUGCUGAGGGACUCAGUGCAGAGCAAACAGAAGCAGAUCGAUACCAUCAGAGACACAGCAGCAACGCCCUCAGAAAAGAGUCAUGACAACAUGGGAUUGGUGCGCUGGUUGAAGUGUGUUCCAGUGGACCAGGACACCAUUGAUACCCUUGUUGCUCACAAGUUCACGUUGGAUAAUGUUCUCCGCACCGCCACCAGAGACGAUCUGAAGUACUGCAACAUAAAGGGUGGCAUGCUGUGUCGUAUCUGGGCGGCCGUCUCCAAACACAGGCAGUCCCGCCUCAGCACCCACACGGAGGAGAGCGAGGACACCAUCCUGUGAGCCUGAUUGAUGCUCUCUGAGUCACAUCCACACAUACAUUCCUGCUGCCUUCAUGGAUCCAGUCAUGGAUCAUAGGGGAGUUUUACACCAUCAUCCUCAAUGUCAAGGAUUAUGAAUUACACCUCUCUGUGAGUCUUGAUCUAUGACUAAUGUCCGCACUCAUGCCUUCCUGGCUCUGUGGAUCAUAAUGGUUUCAUACCAUCCUAUGAGUCCGAGUCAUUUCCACACACGUUCCUGACUGAAAGCCAUUGGUCUAGCGCAGUGUUUCCCAACCAGGGGUACGUGUACCACUGGGGGUACGCGAGCACACCUCAGGGGGUACGCGGGAAAAUGUAAUAAUAACAAAUAUAUUGACUGUAGUCACAUUGGGAUAGAGCAACAGAGCAUGAGUGAGGGCGAGGGGGUACAUGUCAUAUGACAAAAUGGCUUAGGGGGUACACAGGACAAAAAAGGUUGGUAAACAAUGGUCUAGCGAAUGAUUAUGUCCUACCACACCAUCCUGUGAGACUCACAUCCACCCACAGAUUCUCCUUGUGGUUCCUGCCUUCAUCCCUCUGGCCAAGGAUGGCACAGUGGGUCUACACCAUUAUGUCAAGGUCACCUUAGCCGUGAGUCACCUUUGCAGGCUUUCCUGCCUUCACACCAUGGAUAGAGCCAAGGACCAUUUCGGUGCAUGUUUCAGUAAAUAUUGAAUUCAGCCCGUGACUACAUCCCAGAUUUUGACUUUUGCCCACUUUGAAUUUUAUUUUUUUACGCCCCUGUUUCACACCACUGUCUCAGUCACCUCAGAUCUCACCUGUGAGUCGCGUCAACAAACGUUCUUGCCGCCAUACAUUACCGUGGAUGUAGCCGAGGACCGUUGGAAAAGAUCAUUGGUCCUUCUGCAUGAUUACUGGCUGGUCCAGUAAGAUGGACGUGUAUAGUACGUCUGUCUUUCCUCGCCCCAACAUAAUAUCUCAUUCUAAGAGUCAUUUUUUUGUUAUUACUGACAACCUAUCUAAUGACUAGAUGGACUUUCAUCACUAUCAUGUUGUUACUGCUCAAAUCAUGUUUUGGAAGGCAUGAAAGGGUGUACCACCAUGUUCAAUAUUUGAACAACUUUUGGCCGGUCAGUUUUGGAUUCAACGGCGAUAUUUGUACAAACCGAAAAGACGUUGAGGAGGACAGUUGAUUCAUAUAUAGGAUUUAUAUUCUAUAUUUUUUAUUGGGGACAUUUGGAGAUAAUUAGCUUUUACUUUAUUGAGUAGUGUAGAGCCCUGGUGUAAAGUCUUAAUCCUGUCCUCAAUUACAAGGCCAAGUCAAGAUAAAACACUUGCAAUAUAAUGCAGUACCUCUUUUUAAUAUGCAAAAUGAUUCAGCAAUCUUGAGCUGUGGGGCAGCCGUGGUUAAAGAGUUGGGCUUUAGAUCAGGGGAGCAUUUCUCAAAACCAAAGUUCCUUACUACAUUAGCUACUUUGUUGUUUUCAAUGCAUUUUCCCAUUGGCAACUACCGAAGUUGCUAACAGGCUAACAACUUCUCUUUUGAGAAUUGCACCCCACGGUUGCAGGUUUGAAUCCCAUUGUAACCAAUAUCCUGUACUUCAAAUAACUAUGUUGCUUUGGAUUAAAGUGUCAGCUACUGUAAAUGUGAUGUAAUUUAAUGUAAUGCUGUUAAUAAUUUUUUGUGAUAGUAUAUGUACAUUGUUCAGAUUUUUACAUUUCUAUGUGAGUUAUUAGGGUAAAGAUGGGUACAAUGCUCUCAUGCUUCGUCUAUGUACAGUAUAUAAAAUAAACUCUAAUAAACAACUAACAGACGAAUCAAUGAUUCAGAAAGAAAUGCGUGCUGUAUUUCUGUAGCAGUUGCAGAAUUGGUGCAUUUCACAUAUUGUACCCAGACUAUUCAGAAGUGUGUUAUCUGCAAAAUGAUUUUUGUGAGUUCAUCAUACACAUCUGAAGAACAGGUGACGUCUGAAGAAGGGUGUUCACCCGAAUCGUUACGUAAAACUAAAAAAAGUGGUAGCCCAAAAAUCCUGAUUAAAGCGAACUUUUUCAUCUUUAUUUACAGGUGUACAAUGUAAUAUUUUUUUGUAGUUUAUUUCCAGAAUUCAUACUGCCCAUUCACAAAUGUUACCUUUUUCAUGAAUACUUACCACCACCACCACCAACCAUCUAAGUAUUCAAAAUCGCUCUAUUCAUGCAUGAA